AUGACACUGCCUCAGCGUUUUGGAGCUUAUGGGGGGCAAUAUGUACCAGAGAGCUUUAUAGCGUUCUUGUCAGCACUUGAAACCGCCUUCAUCCGAGAAGCCAACGAUCAGAGCUUUUGGGACGAGUACCGAAACCAUUACGACUACAUUGGACGGCCAGGUCGUCUCCAUUUGGCCGAGCGGUUGACGGCGUAUGCCGGCGGCGCAAACAUCUGGUUUGCUCGAGAGGACCUUAAUCACACUGGAUCUCACAAAAUCAUCAACGCCUUAGGCCAAAUUCUCUUGGCUAGGCGGAUGGGAAAACAGAGAAUUGUCACAGAGACGGGAUCGGGUCAACAUGGGGUUGCUACAGCUUCUUUGUAUGCGAAGUUUGGCCUAGAAUGCGUGGUCUAUGUUGGAUCGGUGGGAGAUUACAAAUCACCGCAACCGACGAAUGUGUGGAAAAUGAGAAUGCUAGGUGCUAAGAUUAUCACAGUCAAGACAGGAAGCCAGACACUGCGGGACGCGAUGAACGAGGCGUUGUGUGCUUGUGCUGCGGAUGACGGCAAAUCGUUUUAUCUGGCCGGCACACCGAUAGGACCUCAUCCAAUUCCUUUUGUUGUGCGAACCUUCCAGUCAGUCAUUGGGGUGGAAACAAAAUUGCACGCCCUGAAGAAGAUAGGGCAGCUUCCAGAUGCGGUUGUCGCGUGCGUUGGCACUGGGGCAAUUGCGGUUGGGCUGUUCUCUCAGUUUCUGGAUAAUACCACAGUCAAGCUAGUGGGUAUUGAGGCGGGUGGUGAUGGCGUACAUACCUUUUCACAUAGUGCUGCUUUAUCAUCAGGAAGCAGGGGUGUCUUCCAGGGUACCAUGACGUAUGUGUUGCAAGAUGACCACGGUCAGAUCAGACACAGCCAUUCUAUUGCUGCCGGUCUGGAUCACCCUGCCGUCGGGCCUGAACUGAGUUCUUGGAAGGAUUCCGGGCGCGUUGACUUCGUUACAGCAACGGAUGAAGAAGCAUUGAAUGCUUUCCGGUUAACAGCUCAACUCGAGGGGAUCAUCCCCGCAUUGGAGGCCGCCCACGCCAUUCAUGGUGCCGUGGAACUGGCCAGGUCGAUGUUACGCAGUGACAACAUAUUUGUUUGCGUCAGUGGAAGUGGCGAAAAGGACACUCAUACAGUUGGCGGUUUAACUGUCUAGGAUGGAGCUACGAGGUGCAUUUGGUGACCGCAGUCAAGUGUUUCUUCAAUCAAUCAAAUGUAAUGGUUACUUACAUUUAAUGCCGGACCAUC